AUGCGUUUUGACAGAAUAUUCUCCAUCGAGAAACUGGACAACAACCUCCUUCAAGAGCCAAUUCCUCUUGCUUAUACCCCUCGUAAUUUUGUCCGACAUCCUGAAUACCCCCUUUUCUACGUCAUUGGAUCCGAUAACAAUAUUCUCUCACCCGCUACUAAGGCCAAACUACUCAGCGAAUCAACCACAGUCAACGGUGACAGUGCUGAGUUACCUCCAGAGGACUUUGGUUAUCCCAGGGGCACAAAUCAUUGGGCCUCAUCCAUUCAAGUCGUGGACCCUAUCCACACCAAGUCUGUCUUGUCUAACCUCGAGCUCGAGGACAACGAAGCUGCUGUAAGUAUUGCAGCGGUGUCAUUCACCAGCCAAGAAGACGAAACGUUCCUUGUAGUAGGAACAGGCAAAGACAUGGUCGUCAGUCCCCGCACCUUCACAUGUGGUUUCAUUCAUAUCUAUCGAUUCCAAGAAGAAGGUAAAGAGCUGGAGUUCAUCCACAAGACAAAGGUUGAACAACCGCCACUAGCCCUGCUCGGAUUUCAAGGCCGUCUCCUUGCCGGUAUUGGUCCUGAUCUAAGGAUCUACGACCUUGGAAUGAGACAGCUUCUCCGAAAAUGUCAGGCCCAGAUAACGCCGCGCGUGAUUGUCGGACUUCAAACCCAGGGAAGCCGAAUCAUCGUCAGCGAUGUCCAGGAGAGCGUCACAUACGUUGUUUACAAGUACCAAGAAAACGCCCUUAUCCCCUUUGCUGACGACAUCAUACCCCGCUGGACGACAUGUACCACAAUGGUAGACUACGAGACCGUCGCUGGCGGCGACAAGUUCGGCAACAUAUGGCUCCUUCGAUGUCCUACAAAGGCAUCUGAAGAAGCUGACGAAGACGGCUCCGGCGCACAUCUCAUUCAUGAACGACAGUAUCUCCAGGGCGCACCGAACAGGCUCAGCCUGGUCAUCCACUUCUACUCCCAAGAUAUACCCACAAGCAUCCAAAAGACCCAAUUGGUUGCUGGUGGACGAGACAUUCUUGUCUGGACCGGCCUCCAAGGUACAGUCGGGAUGUUUGUUCCAUUCAUCACCCGUGAUGACGUCGAUUUCUUCCAAACCCUCGAGAUGCAGCUUGCUUCACAGAACCCUCCAUUGGCUGGACGAGAUCAUCUUAUCUACAGAGGCUACUAUGCGCCAUGUAAGGGCGUCAUUGACGGAGAUCUCUGUGAGACGUUCUUGCUUCUGCCUAAUGACAAGAAGCAAGCUAUAGCAGGUGAGCUCGAUCGAUCAGUUCGGGAAAUCGAGCGUAAGAUUUCGGUACGUACUAUCCCCCCUUUGGCAAACAUUAUUGACUAUUUAUCUAACAUCAUACAGGACAUGAGGACAAAAGUAGCCUACUAA